AAUUGCGUCAUGAUGACAUCACUGCUUGCCGGAUGACGCACGGGGGACUUCCGGGUCAGAGUUCAGUUCGACGUGGUGCUUGGAAGAAGGCUGUGGAACUGGUGCCGCCGCCGCUGUUUUUUCACACUCUUCAUGUGCUGGAGAAGAUAGGCAAGUUCAAGUGGACAAAACAAGCAUGAAGCUGUACUGCUUGAGCAUCCUCUACAAAGGAGAAAAUAAAGCAAACCUCCUAAAAGCUGCCUACGAUGUCUCAUCAUUUGGGUUUUUCCAGCGGUCUAGUGUACAGGAAUUUCUGGCUUUUACGAGUCAAAUCAUUGUGGAGAGGACAAACCGAUGCAGUCGUGCUUCUGUAAAAGAACAAGAUUACUUCUGUCAUGUUCAUGUACGUGAGGAUGGGCUGGCAGGAGUGGUUGUGGCAGAUCAUGAAUAUCCAUCACGGGUCUGCUUCUCUCUUCUCGGCAAGGUUUUGGAGGAGUUUUUUAUGCAGGUGAAAAGUACAGACUGGCCCGGAGGCUCCCCGGCAUCGACCACCUUUGAAGGACUAGAUGCCUACCUUGCAAAAUACCAGAACCCAAAGGAAGCGGACGCUAUGACGAAGGUGCAGGCAGAGCUGGAUGAAACAAAAGUCAUAUUGCACCAUACCAUGGAGUCGCUUCUUCAACGUGGAGAAAAACUCGAUGAUUUGGUCUCCAAGUCGGAUCACCUCAGCCUUCAGUCCAAAACCUUCUACAAAACGGCUCGGAAACAAAAUUCCUGCUGCAGCGUCAUGUAACAAUUUUAGUGGCAGGUGCUACGAUGACUCAAGCAACAACGGCCGAUUCAGACUUGUGAUUUUGAAGCCUUGUGAGUUCAACCGGCCAUCAUCAGGGGUUAUUUAAGGCAUUAGCCAAGCGCCAAAUGUACGCCGUUUACAACACUUGGAUACAGUUACUCAAAGUAAGCUUUAAAGUGAUAAUUGCUUCGUCGCAUAGGCAUGAUUUGCUUUUCUUUUUACACUCCAAACCUGGGGGCAAUUGUUAUUACAAACACCGUAACAUUGUUUUACAAUUUGCAUUAUGGGUUGAAUUGAAUUAUAAAUGAGACAAUUCGAAUUGUUAUUGACCCCAGGUCUGUUGUGCUGUGUAGGCGCUGCUUCAAGGCAGCAGGUUAAAAGGAGGAAUAUAUUGUACUGAUUUACAAGUGGUAUUUUGGUCAUCGUUGUACCACAUUUUCUGUCUUCACCAAAUCUGAAUGGGGAAAGUAAAUUAACCAGGCCUUAUCAGUAAUAUGUAUGGAAAACAUUAACUUGUGUCAUCUAAAUACAGUUAUUUAAAGUUCACCAAAGGGAUAAGUUAAAUUACAUCUUUUAAUUUCAGAACUUUUUACUUAGGAGCACAGUGGCUAUAUUAGCCGUAAAUAACCCCUGCUGUCACUAAUGUUUGAGUGUCUACGCAAACAUGUUCUUCUCAACUGUGGCUUUGUGUUGCUUUUGUGUACCGUAAGGUAAGCUAUGUACUAUACUGUAUAAAUGUUAAGUGUGAUCUGUGGAAUUUAGUCGACAUUUGCAUUUCUAAAAUCUAUAUAUAUUAAAACUAAAUUGUUACAUUCAGUAAUAAAUCUGUAUUCAAGUAUUUUUUUCGGAAUAUUUUUUAUUGCGAUAACUGCUGUUGUAUUUUAACUGCAUAAGUCUAGUGGCACAUCAUACACAUCUGUUCUGGGGAUAAGGGAAGUGAAGAUUUUAAGAAAAGGUCAACCUUGAACCGUACACAACUUCCGAUUUGACAACACAUCCAGCAAUUACUACUAUUUUUUAACAAUAUGGUCCCACAUUGCAUGAUGUUUAUGCCGAGGAAAUAGAGCCCAACAGCUCAUUGGGCCCUUCCAGCUGAAAUAAAUAAUAUCUAUAACAGCGGUUGUGAAUGGCUGCUGAGUUUAAGGGCUGAGGCGUUCUUGUUGUGGGGAAUCAUUCUGAUAAGUUAUGUUCAAUUAAGAUCUGGCAAUGGUAGUAACAUCUAAAAAUGGCUCAACAUUCGCAGUGCUUGCCAAGUAGAAUGUGUUCUUUAAGGUUGGCCUGUGUGCAGUUGUAUUUAUAAGGAUCAUACAUUUUGUGGUGAAUUUAUUUGCCAGCCUAUUGAUAUGCCACUAGCUAGUUACUUUUAAAAUAACAUUGGCUAGUUAUUAUAAUCUUUCAAACGAACAAUAGUUUGAUGGAUGUGUAUUUAAAAAUCCAACUGGAUAAAGCAAUACACACUUUUCUGUUGUACAAUUUUGCAUGAGUUGUAAUUUUAUAUACCCUAUAUAAAUUACACUGAUUUAUAACCAUUAACUUAGUACCCAUUCCAUUGUCGACACUACGCAGCAUUUCCCUGACGACAAAAAUCAGAUACAGGUCUUGGUUUCAGUCCAGGUCUUGAAAAAAAUACUGUCGUGUACAACAAUUAAAUUCCAACAGUGCUGUAACAAUAGUGGUUUUUCAAUUCUCUGCACUCAAACCGGCAAAUACCAUUGGCCAUUUUCUCGGCUCCAGGAAACCGCUGUUUUUUUACGAAUUUCCAAAUAUCAGUGAAACCUUUCCACGGUGAGAGAAAAAAAAGCUGUGGUAGCUUUUGUGCUGAAAACCUGAGUAAAACUUGACUAUUGGUAAAACUGCGUAUGUUCACAGUAACAGAAAGAAACUAUUUGUCAGAUUGUCCGAAAAAAUCAACAAGCUUGAUUAAAAUUCCUUUGACUGUAUAUGCUGAAAUAUUAUGGAAAGUGAGAAACAUGCUGCAGUGAACUAAUUGAAAUAAAUGCUUAUUUUUUAUUGCAAAUGUAAGUAUUAAGUGUAUGUUGCAGGAGCUUUAACAAUAAACCAACACUUGUGCACAUGA